ACACAAGCGGGGAGUAGGAACUAGCGAAAGUUGUUGACUGGAAGCUCUAGACCGCGGAUGCAACAAUAGAUGCCGCGGUCAACAAUGGACAAGUGAGUGACUCCUGCUGGUCAUCAUAUGAUAUAAAACAAACUCUGGAUUCUAAAAUGGCAGGUUUAAUUUAAGAAAAAACAGCAGGCUUAAAACAGUUAUCAAUAGAUUUUGUUACUGAAGAUAUCUCUUUGUAUUUCAAACAAAAAUUAACAGAAAUAAGCUUCACAUUCUGGCAUCAGUGUUUUUAUAAGCUUGUAGUAUAAAAACAAAAGUAAAUAGAUCUAAACUCUAAUCUCACCAUAUGGACAUUCUUUAAAAGUGUUUUCCAUAAGGACUAAUUGUUUAGUCUACCUACUUUCCUACAAACUGGUCAACAAGACGACAGGAGUUGUAGAACUUCAAAAAUAUCGAAAUAUUAUUUUAAAGUUAUUGUUCUUUAUUCCAAUCCAUGGGCGAUACGGUUCUUACUUUCAAGAAAGCAGUUCAUUAGACUUGUAUUUCUAACGUAAUCUUUCUAGCUGAUUGAGUGGCAGAUUCAAACAAAAAUAACCAGACAAUGGAUGCAUGUAGUGAACUAACGGUUUCUCCGCCAUUUCUGUCACGUGGUUACUGACUUAACAUUCUACAAAUCACCCGAACGAAGCACGUUGUAGUAUCGGUCUCUCCUUUUACUCACCGCGUUAAUGAAAGUAUCGAUUCUUUCGAGGAUUAAAAAGCGAAGCAUUAUUUCCCCUUGCCAGGAUUAACGUCUGUCCUUCUCAUAGGACGUUUGAUUGAAUUGACUUUCUGUACAUGCGGCCGCCGUUUAGAAAAUCCUAAAGUGUUAAAAACUCUUCAAAGCUGUUACAGUAUCUUUUGUGUAUUUAUUUUAACAAAAUCAAAGUUAGAAUCUAUACAUUCAUAAGAAGAAAAGGUUGACCAAGCGGUGCAUUUCGUCAAUAGGGUGAUUAAUUAUUGUGUGAGAACCGACAGAAUCUCAACAUAAUACAUCGCAUAUUUUGCUUACAUUUGGAACUUAGUUUAUGUAAAUUGCAUGUGACUUGUGCUUAUAUUUAGGGCUGAAAUGAUUGCAAGUUUCUUGCAGUAAGGGACCAAAACAGGACCGUUUUCUCAUGUGUAUUGGUGUGGGUUUGAAAGUUCCUCAAUGUGACUGGUCAUCAGACCGAGGAUAAAAUUGAUUACUUCGUCACUGAUUGUUGUGUAUCCGGCGGAUAAUUUGUUCUGUUAGCAUCUGACUGUUGUGUCUCCAGGGAUGUGUAUGCAUGGAUUUAACGCUAGAACGCCAUGGAUAUAACGGCUUUGAUUAAAAGUCUGCUUACUAUCACACAGCUAGGUGUGAUUCUACUCGGAGCAUGCAUCGCUCUACCCGCCAUACGAGUUCGUCUGCCAGAGUUUGAGCCUGCGCCGACUAAAGUGACGCAUAAGAAGGGAGACAAGGCGAAAUUGUACUGUUCAGUCAAGCACCUAGGGGAAAGAACUGUUGUCUGGAGAAGGCUGUCAGCCAAAGGACCACUCACUAUCGGAAAGAAGACAUGGAUCAAUGAUCCAAGGGUUUCUGUGGAUCAUUCAAUGUCUGAGAACCGCUGGGAUUUGAUCAUCCAGGACGUGACAGUCGAUGACGCGGGAGAAUACGAGUGUCAGAUUAGCGUCAGCAAAAAGAUCCUGCGCCGUGUUGUGGAUCUAUCUGUUUCCGAAACAUCAAGUUCUCCCGUUAAAAGAAACCCAGAGAUCUUCAUAAGCGGCACCCAUUAUCUAAACAGUGGCGAGGUCAUUAACUUAUACUGUAACGCCACCACAGACGGCAACACGGACGGAGGACUCGUCUGGUUCAAGGACAUGGAGGAGGUGGAUGAGGAGGAUGAUAGAAUUAGUUUAUCACAAGAAGACUCACCUGCCAGAGAUCAAGUGAGCAGUCAUCUCAGGAUUCAGAGUGCUCAUCAUGACGAUUCAGGUAUUUACACCUGUAGGUUUCAUGACGAAACGCUAAUGACGUCAGCCCACGUCAGCGUAUUAACAGGUGGAUCAAACAACGUCAAAAGAGCUGGCUCGAUGACGGUGCCCCCAGAGUCCAGUGCCAUGUUGAAUGUCCAGUUCGCCAGUACUCACACGGCUUACAUCAUGUUUAUACUUCUGGUACACCGGUUGCUGACGUGACAGUCUACUCCUCCUUCCGUGCCCUCUCACCUCCCGUCUACCUCUUCUCCCAUUCCUAGUAUAGAUGAUGUGUAACUGUGGGAAGACAGACUCAACAUCCUCUCAGAACAGACUCAACAUCCUCUCAGAGCAGACUCAACAUCCUCUCAGAGCAGACUCAACAUCCUCUCAGAGCAGACUCAACAUCAUCUCAGAACAGACUCAACAUCCUCUC